UUCGCUUAUCGUCAUCUUCUUCACUGGAAUUGUGACUUGUCUCUCAUUUUUGGUUCCUGCGCGAAGUUUCCAACAGAUUCUCAGUGAAAGAAGAAAACCUCUGAAAAAUCAACGGUGGAGAUGGCUCUCUCACGCCUAUCGUCACGAUCCAACGGCAUCACUCGACCUCUCUCCGCCGCCUUCAGCCGCUUCCUCUCAGCGGACACCACACCGAUUACGAUCGAGACUUCGCUUCCCUUCACCGCUCACCUCUGCGACCCACCGUCUCGCUCCGUCGAAUCAUCGAGCCAAGAGCUUCUCACUUUCUUCCGCACCAUGGCUCUGAUGCGGCGUAUGGAAAUCGCGGCCGAUUCGCUUUACAAAGCGAAGCUAAUCCGAGGGUUUUGCCAUCUCUACGACGGCCAGGAAGCUGUAGCUAUCGGAAUGGAGGCUGCGAUCACGAAGAAGGACGCGAUCAUCACGGCUUAUCGCGAUCACUGCAUUUUCCUAGGCCGAGGCGGUUCGCUCCACGAGGUUUUCUCGGAGCUUAUGGGGAGACAAGCAGGUUGCUCUAAAGGGAAAGGUGGAUCGAUGCAUUUCUAUAAGAAGGAAUCGUCGUUUUACGGUGGUCAUGGGAUUGUCGGUGCUCAGGUUCCGUUAGGUUGUGGGAUUGCUUUCGCGCAGAAGUAUUCUAAAGAUGAAGCUGUGACGUUCGCCUUGUAUGGUGAUGGUGCUGCGAAUCAGGGACAGCUUUUUGAAGCUCUGAAUAUAUCUGCUCUCUGGGAUUUACCAGCGAUUCUAGUCUGCGAGAACAAUCACUAUGGAAUGGGAACUGCUGAAUGGAGAGCUGCCAAGAGUUCAUCUUACUACAAGCGUGGUGAUUAUGUUCCUGGAUUGAAGGUAGAUGGUAUGGAUGCAUUUGCUGUCAAACAAGCGUGCAAGUUUGCUAAGGAACAUGCCUUGAAGAACGGACCGAUAAUUCUUGAGAUGGACACAUACAGGUACCACGGUCACUCCAUGUCUGACCCUGGGAGCACAUACCGUACACGAGAUGAGAUAUCUGGUGUGAGGCAGGAACGAGAUCCGAUUGAGAGAAUUAAAAAGCUGGUACUAUCUCAUGACCUUGCAACCGAAAAAGAGCUCAAGGAUAUGGAGAAGGAAAUUAGAAAAGAAGUAGAUGACGCCAUUGCCAAAGCGAAGGAUUGCCCAAUGCCAGAGCCUUCUGAGCUUUUUACCAAUGUUUAUGCGAAGGGAUUCGGCACCGAGUCAUUUGGACCUGACAGAAAAGAAGUCAAAGCUGCGCUUCCAUGAAGCUCUUGUUCGUGAUAAUGCCACGAGCCAUGGCAUAGUGGUUAAAUAGGAAGCCAUGAAUAAAGAGGUUUAUGGGUAGAGUGCUUUAUGCUCUGCUCGGGGCUUUUGAUUGUAUACUCUCUUCUCUUGAGUUUUAAUUACUCUAUCUUUACAUACAUAAACAGAAACAUGUGAUCCUUGUGAAGCUUUUGUGUUUUGUAUCUAAGUUUUUGCUACCGCUUUUCUUGUUCACCUUACAGUCGGAAAACUUAAUGGAGUCUCCUGUUCAGUCAGAGGUUUCAAAAAUCAA